UUAUCGACAUAAAUCGGUUUAUUGCUUUAAAUUAAAUACAAUUGCGUUAUUUACUCAUUGAAAUCUCACCAGUUCCUGCAGCGGACGUUGAUAAGAUAAGGCUGAUUUCCCACGCUGCGGAAUCACCUUAAAACCGAUAAAGUUUGUUUAAAAGCGUCCCACUUGGUAGCCAGCCAGUUGUGUUAGAGUAGAGUCAUGAAGCUGCUGUUAUUGUUUAUCCUCAUCUGGGGACCGUGCACAGUUCUAGCGACUGGCCACAACGAGGCCUGGGAGCGACUGCAUAGAGAACCUCCGCUAGGAGGCGCAAUAGCGCCAACAAACGUCAGCUCGGUGCAAACAAAAUGGAUACGGCAAAAAGUUGAUAAUUUUGAUCCUCAAAAUCCUUCCACGUGGAGUAUGCGCUACAUGGAGAAUCGAGAACAUUACCGACCAGGAGGACCGCUGUUCGUCAUGGUGGGAGGAGAAUGGACGAUUAGUGCUGUUAGUAUUUCCUCAGGUCACUUCUACGAUAUGGCAAAAUCUCUUGGGGCUUAUCUAUGCUACACUGAGCAUAGAUAUUAUGGCCUUAGUCGUCCGACUGUGAACACUCGAACCGAUUCACUUAAGUUCCUGAACAUUGAUCAAGCGCUCGCUGAUUUAGCCCACUUUGUAGAAGAAAUAAAAAGCUCUAUCGAGGGCGCCUCCAAUGCUAGCGUCAUCAUGGCCGGUGGGUCAUACUCUGCGACGAUGGUUACGUGGUUCCGCCAAAAGUAUCCCCAUCUGAUAGAUGGUGCGUGGGCUUCGAGUGCGCCAUUGUUGGCUAAACUGGAUUUUGUGGAGUACUACGAAGUUGUGUCGGACUCUAUACGGCUAGUUGGAGGGGAUGCUUGUGCCGAAAGAAUCGGCAGAGCCUUCAAUCAAACCGAAUCCCUGCUGGAUCGAGAGGAAUUUGAUCGGGUGCGCGAGGAGUUCAUGCUAUGUGAUAAUAUAGAUUUUUCCAAUACUCUGGAUAGGAGGAUAUUUUUCUGGUCCAUUUCGCUCUACAUGGCGCUGGUUGUCCAGUAUCACUGGCCGGGGGAUAUCGAGGCAAUGUGUGACAUCGUAAACGACGAAUCGGUCGAUAGUGACAUGGCGGCUCUGGCCAAAUGGCACACACGGGAUGUCAGCCUCUGCAUCGAUUCUACAUACGCGAGUUUCAUUCAAUUUUAUCGGAAUACAUCGUGGAAUCAUGGAGCGAAUGAACACGCAAUGAGACAAUGGUACUAUCAAGUUUGUGCGGAGUAUGGAUGGCAUCAAACUUCCGGAUCGGUGAACCAAAUUUUUGGAUCUAGUUUCCCUGUUGAUCUAUUCCUUCAAAUGUGCAAGGAUUUAUAUAAUGGAAUCUUCAGUACGAUACAGAUGGAGGCGCACAUUGCUCGCACUAACACCAUCUAUGGGCACAUGAAUCCAGCCGUUACCAAUGUGUUUUUCACCCAGGGACAGAUUGACCCUUGGCGUCCACCGGGAAUACAGGAAGACUUAAACGAAUUCUCACCAGCGGUGGUGAUACCUUUGGCAUCACAUUGUGCGGAUCGAGGAUCGAUCACUGAUUCCGAUUCACCGGAGAUGCGAGCCGCCAAGGAACGUAUUUUUGAACUUAUUCAAACAUGGAUCGCCCACUGAGCUGACAAUCGUGCAAGACGCUAGAAUUCACAUGUACCUAUAAUUAAACAGUAUUAAACAAAUUGUUCAAGUUAAAAUUCCUCCACGCGCGGAAAAAAAACCCAUUGAGUUUUUGCAUUUUACCAAUUCAUUCUAGCUGAAGACGCUCAAAUAAACGGGAACAACUUUCAAUACAAUCAAUCUUGUUGAUUGCUUCUUGUCAAAACAAACUAUAUCCUCUAGCAUAAUAUUUGCUCGCCCGCAAUCGAAGUUGUACAACAUAUAUUAAUUUUCACCUGUCAGAGCCAA